AUGAUACCUCCCUUCGCGAUGGAUCCCAUAGAACUGGUUCCAGAGCCCGAGUCCAUGCGACCAGAAAAGAAGCUGUUGACUUCGCAUAGACGAGUUUCAUUUGCUCCUUGCCCCACUGUCCUUACCUAUCAAGAUGAAGCUGAAGAAGAUGAGCUGCAUGCAAAGUGGUACACUAAAGAGGAGAUGCAAAAGAUCUGGAUGGAAUGCAAACUGUGCAUCCUAGCGUAUCAUCAAGUGGGACGGCAACCUACCAAACUCCCGUCCCAAUUCUGCAUUCGUGGCCUCGAAAGCUCGACGCUAUCCAAAUCUAGAAGGAUGCAGAAGCGUAUCGCAAGAAAGGAAACAACCAAUGCAGUUGUCACGGCUCAGAAAGCAUGGCAUGGAUACGCCCACCCUGAUCACCUUCGAAACAUCUCUGAGAUUAGAUCAAGGAUCUAUGUCAGCCAAGCCAUUGAAAGGGCAACGCAAGACUCCAGAAUUUGGCUUGACGAGUUCCAGAUCUUUACUUUCUGGCUCUGCACAAGCAAACCUUGA